AUGAUGUUUUUCCUCUUUUUGUGUUUCCUCGCUCUUUGUGCUGCGACUCCCUUGGAGGAGAAAAACAUGAAGCUCCAGCGCGGCGGUUGUCCACCGUUCUGGUUCAGCUUCAAAGACCGCUGCUAUCGGUACGUCGCCGCAGACAAGACCUGGGCUGAUGCAGAACUCUACUGUGUGUCUCAGGGAGCCAACCUGGUGUCCAUCCACAGUGAGGAGGAACACAACUUUGUCAACUGGUUGAUUAAGACUUUGAAUCCUGAGCAGAGCUAUACCUGGAUUGGACUCAGUGACGUUCAUAAAGAAGGAGCCUGGAUGUGGUCUGACGGAUCCAGGUUUGACUUUGCAAUUUGGAGGAUUGGACAGCCUGAUAAUGCCGGGCAAAUUGAAAACUGUGGCCAUACCAACGCUGGUGAACAGUUCCGAUGGAAUGAUUUUCCGUGUUCUACACUCUUGCGCUUUGUUUGUGCAUCAUUGGACAUUCUGUCAAGGGACAGCUUUCUGACUUUAUCUGAGUAA